CAAAAUUCCAGCCAAUAAAUGCAGCUCGCCCCAAAUGAAACGCCCACUCCCAUCAACAACAAAUUUGACCAAAAAUAAAAAAUAAAUAACAAUAACAAUAAGAAUUCAGCGGGACUCAGAUUAGAAAAAGAAAAGUAGUACGUUGAUUGGGAGAGCGGCAAGGCAGCGGGAGAAAAGGUACAAACAAGAGGAGUUUUUCUUUGAUUUCUGCUUCAGAAUUGAAAAAGGAAAGAGAGAGAGAGAGAGAGAGAUAGAGGAACAGUUUCACAAAGGGGAAAGAAAGAGAUCCAAAUCGGAAGAGUAUUCUUGGCAAUGAAGAAGCAGAGCGCGGCGUCGCAAUCAACGGCGGCGACAAAGCCGGCGACAACAGUGUUGCCGUAUCAGACCCAAAGGCUGAGAGACCAUUAUCUUAUUGGGAAGAAGCUGGGGCAAGGCCAAUUUGGGACGACUUACCUCUGCACCCAUAAGUCCACUGGGGCCCAGUACGCCUGCAAGUCAAUACCCAAGCGGAAGCUGCUGUGCAAGGAGGACUACGACGACGUUUGGAGGGAGAUUCAGAUCAUGCACCACCUGUCCGAGCACCCACAUGUGGUGCGGAUCGAAGGGACCUAUGAGGACUCGGUGUUCGUGCAUUUGGUCAUGGAGUUGUGCGCUGGGGGCGAGCUGUUCGAUAGGAUUGUGCAGAAAGGGCAUUACAGUGAGAGAGAGGCCGCGAAGCUCAUAAAGACCAUUGUUGGGGUGGUGGAGGCUUGUCACUCUCUUGGGGUCAUGCACAGGGAUCUCAAGCCUGAGAAUUUCUUGUUUGAUAGUCCUGGUGACGAUGCCAAGCUCAAGACCAUCGAUUUCGGCUUGUCUGUCUUCUACAAGCCAGGAGAAUCUUUCUGUGAUGUAGUUGGAAGUCCCUAUUAUGUUGCACCUGAGGUAUUGAAAAAGCAUUAUGGACAUGAAGCAGAUGUAUGGAGUGCUGGUGUUAUCCUUUACAUCUUAUUAAGUGGAGUUCCUCCUUUUUGGGCUGAAACUGAACCAGGAAUCUUUAGGCAGAUUUUACAAGGCAAACUAGAUUUUGAGUCUGAACCAUGGCCUAAUAUUUCAGAAAGUGCAAAAGAUUUGAUAAGAAAGAUGCUUGAGAGGGACCCAAUAAAAAGAAUUUCUGCCCAUGAAGUCCUAUGUCACCCUUGGAUUGUGGAUGACAGAGUUGCUCCAGACAAGCCUCUGGAUUCUGCUGUUUUGUCACGGCUGAAACAGUUCUCAGCAAUGAAUAAACUUAAAAAGAUGGCUCUGCGUGUCAUAGCAGAAAGACUUUCAGAGGAAGAAAUCGGUGGUCUGAAAGAGUUGUUCAAUAUGAUUGACACAGACAAUAGUGGGACAAUAACAUUCGAGGAACUUAAAGAGGGUUUGAAAAGAGUGGGCUCUGAACUAAUGGAAUCUGAGAUCAAGUCCCUUAUGGAUGCGGCUGAUAUAGACAACAGUGGAUCAAUAGACUAUGGUGAAUUUCUAGCUGCUACUUUGCACGUAAAUAAGAUGGAGAGAGAGGAGAAUCUGAUUGCAGCCUUCACCUAUUUUGACAAAGACAGUAGUGGUUAUAUCACCAUUGAUGAGCUUCAACAGGCUUGCAAAGAGUUUGGUCUAGGUGAUGUCCAACUGGAUGAGAUAAUUAAAGAAAUUGAUCUAGACAAUGAUGGACGUAUCGAUUACGGGGAGUUUGCAGCAAUGAUGAGGAAGGGCGAUGGAGGAGUUGGGAGGAGCAGAACAAUGAGAAGCAAUUUGAACUUCAAUUUAGCUGAUGCCUUUGGAGUUAAAGACACAAACAGAGAUACUAACUAGAUGCAAUCUUCUGUAUAGUUGACCAAUUAUAGGAGGGAUGGUUCCAUUUUAAGAUUUUAAUGAUUCUUAAUUUUUGUUUGUGCUGGGAUGUUGCUUAUUUUUCUCUUAGGUAAUUAUGGUCUUAAAAGUUCACUUUUCACCAACAGUCCCAGCAACUUCUUUUUUUUUUUUUUUUUCUUUUUUUUACCUGUUUUGGUGAAAAGGAGUUUUAGUAAAGAGCCAAGAGGCUAAGAGUACACAGAACAGCAGGGGGUACUGCAAGCUUCUGUUGCAAGAUGAUUUACCCCAUAACUAGGAGUAACAUGGACAACAAACAAACAUAUUAGGCUUUGCCUUACUCGGCUGAAAGGUCUGUACGGUGGACGGUGGUUCUCUUCACGGCAAGCACCCGGGAUCUGGUAGGUCUCCAGUUUGCUGAUCAUUUGUCCACGCAGCAGCUUCAAUGAAAUAGAUGUUCAGUGUAUGUGCCAACA